UCUCGUUUCCUGUCUCAGGAAAUCCAGCGGCACCUCCGCUGAUGGAUCCAGGCUCACAAGGCUUGCCGUAGCGUGCAGUUGUUUGGACACACGGGGAACUGCGACGGUGGAUUAAUUUGAUCCGCAUACGCCCCGUGGCAAGUCACUGCUGAAAAUAAGCCAUGCUAAAUAAAGAAGCCAACAUGACAUUUGUUUGUAGCUGCCUGCCAUUCCCCCGGUUUAUUUGAGCUCCCAGUGGACUACACAGCAGUAGCCUGCCGAGACAAAUUUGCUGCUGCAUUGUUACUCACUUGGGUUUGUGUUCUCUCAGAAAGCCUGGUGAUGAAAGGAGGAAGAGGAGGAGAGAGGUGGAGUGAACCCUUUCCGGCCUGUGACAGGUUUUAAUUAGACCCUUGCCAAAUCAGUGACGUCUAUGGUCUGGAGGUGAUGGCAGUGCUGACUGAGCUUCACCACUACUAUUACCCAUUCCUACAGAUGGAUACACACCACCUGCACGCCUGAGCCUGUAUACAGCACUGCCUCCCACCCCCCUACCCCCACCCCCUCCUUCUGCCUCUCCUUCUUCAUUUCCUACCUCUUCCUCCACCCUCCUCAUCCAGCUACCACUUGCUUUCCCCCAAAUUUUCUCCUCCCAUCCCUCCAUCCUGUUCCCCACCUGAAAUCUCACCGUAUCUCUGCGAUCUUACUUUAUUAUGGCGUGCUGUGGGCGCUCUCUGGACUCCCCGUGCACACUAGCCUUGCUGGUGGGCUUCCAGUUUGCCUUUGUCCUCUAUUUCUCCCUUGGGGGCUUCAGAGGCUUGGUGUCUGUCCUGGUGCACACCACGGAGCCGGAGUUUGAUUACUCGCGACCUCACGACGUCUACACCAACCUCAGUCACCUGCAAGUACCGCCCCCCCCGCCUCGCAACUCUGGCACUGGACCACCUGGCACAGGACCACCGCUGAGAGACUGCCAUAUCCCCUCCCCACUGCUGGUCGGACCUGUGUCUGUCCAUCUUUCCUCUCCUCUGUCUCUGGAGGAGAUCAGACAGAGGAAUCCGUUAGUGUUGCCAGGCGGCCGCUACCGGCCUCCGGACUGUGAACCCCGCCACCACACGGCAAUAGUGGUACCAUACCGGAACCGGCAGACCCACCUCCGUGCCCUUCUCUACCACCUCCACCCCUUCCUGCAGAGACAGCAGAUCCACUACAGCAUCUAUAUAGUGCAGCAGUGGGGGAAUGGUACUUUUAACCGAGCCAAGCUGCUCAACGUUGGGGUGCGAGAGGCCCUCAGAGAUGAAGACUGGAGCUGCAUCUUCCUGCACGAUGUCGACUUGCUGCCCGAGAACGACCACAACACCUACACCUGCCACAAGCAGUUCCCCACGCACCUGUCUGUGGCCAUGGACAAGUUCAGAUACAGGCUGCCGUACCCACAGUAUUUUGGUGGAGUAUCUGCAGUGACCCCAGACCAGUACAUGAAGAUGAAUGGCUUCCCCAACCAGUACUGGGGCUGGGGUGGAGAGGAUGAUGACAUCGCCGCCAGAGUACGUCUAUCUGGCAUGAAGAUCGUGCGCCCUCCAGUGGCCAUCGGUCAUUACAAGAUGAUCAAGCAUAAAGGAGACAGAGGCAAUGAGCAAAAUCCACGCAGGUUUGACCUUCUGAAAAGGACCAGACUCAACUGGCGCUCUGAUGGCCUCAACUCUCUGACCUACGAGCUCCUUUCCAAAGAGCUGGAGCCUCUCUACACCAACCUCACCGUCAACAUUGGAGAAGACCCCCGUCUGCCCCAGGGGAAAGCACCCAUCCCUGUGAAAACAACAACCCCUGUCCACCAACGUAGCACCAGCAAGACUGAAGGCACAGCCAAACAGGAAAAGAGACAACAGAGCAAAGGGUCUGUGGUGGCAAAUAUGACUGCAGCCAAGCCGGUCGGUGAAAAGACAGGACCUGCGCAGUCAAAAACAGGAAAUCAAACAACACAGAAAGAGAUGGGUGUGAUAAAAUAGGAUGAGGUGUAUAAUAAAAGGACUGCAUCACAUCUGUAGCAUAAAGUGGCUUCCCUCUUCAUUUUGAUCUGAAAGACCAAAUGGAAGAGAGCAGUAUAAAUCUGCUGUGCAGUGGGCCUUCAAGUACACCAGCUUUUUGUGCUCAGCGCAGGUUAGGGAUAGUUAUCCAAUGGAUCAAAUGAAGAAGCCACUUUUGAUUACGGGGGUGCAUUCAGGAACACGACUGAGUCACCUCAUGGUUCAUCAUCCACCUAAAUGGGACUCUGGCUCUCGGGACUGAUGCAAGUCUCGUAACUAGGAAUGGAAAGAAUGGUGAACGACUCAGUCAUAUCCACACAGAGGUCCAAAACAAACUAAAUGAAAACGAGACAGCAAAUAUAUAAACCUGUUCUUUUCCAGACAUCGCAAGUUGUACGCAACCCAUCUGCUGCCAGCGGACCUGCAGCUUCGUCAAGUCUGCUCCCAGAAAACUGCUGCUGUCAGUCCACCCCACUCCACAGUGGGUUUGUGUUUCUGUGCCUUCUAUCUUUUAUGCGCAUUUUAUAGACUGGUAUGAUUGCUGUUAGACACUGACCUGGGGUUAAUUUGACCUCUUCUGCCUCGCGGCAAAAGUGAGAAAGCAGGGAGGAUGAAGCUGAUCUAGGUCAGAACAAAUGAUUUGUUCCAGGACUGCCGUUUUCUAUUUGUGUGCAUUGUUCAAGCGCUGACCAACUCCAUAGUUAUCAGACAAUUCUAGAGUUUAUAUUUAUAUAGAGACCUCUUUAUUUGUUUACUGGUUUGUUUUACUUGUCCUUCUUUACAGUCUGGUGCCUCUCUCUCUUACAUUUAGUUUCUAGACAAUCAAAAGAUAGCUCUUUAUCCAACCACAUAACAAAGUGAGGAAAUAUUAUCAUGACUAUCUUUACGCCUGUCAGAUAAACAUAGACUUGGCAUGAUAGUUGUUGUCCUAGUUUGACUAUACUCUUGAUACAUGGAUAUACCUGUGCUUCUGAUAUUAUCUGUGGUUUUAUAAUUUUUCUUUUGGAUAAGUCAGGUAUGGGGGAAAAAAGCAGACUUAUUGGCACCUGACUAUACAUUUGCCAGUUUCAGAUUGCGUUUUAAUAACAAAAGUGUUCAUAGUUACGAUAAAGCACUGUGUAUAGAUCUAGGUGAGCUUCUUACUAGAAGGCCUGACGUCUUCACAAACGGUCUUUCAGUAUAUAGUGAAAGACCUCAGUGCAUCUAAAAGCUAUAAAAUGAGUGUAUGCCUGUCUUUGUCUAGAAAAAAAACUUUUGUCUCUUGCAGGAAAGGAGACAAGGAAAAAGAGAACUCCUGUAUUAGUCAGAAAAUGAAAUAAUUUGAUUAUGGGGAGGAUGCCAAAUCAGAACAAGCAUAUACUUUGGGUAAUUUGUGCUGAUUAUCAUCUACUUCUGUGAUCUAAAAGCCACUUUCAUCUUUCAGGCAUUCAGUUUUUUUUUUUUUUUUCAUCCAUUUGACAUUUACUAUUUUGAGUGUCCAUACUAGUUUUCCUUUUGCGAAGGGUGAGUUCAUUGGGUGAGGUGCUUAGUUUGUGGACGGGGACGUGAAUCUGAUCGCUGGUAGGCCGUGGGACCUCUUGCUGCUAGUCGAUUAGGGGAAUGGUUAACUGUACAACUAAAUAGCUUGAAAAAUGACACAUUGUAACACAUAUUUUCUGGUGUGGAAUCGUUUUAUCAUACUAACAGGUGAUGCAUUACUAAUGCUAAGAAUGUAUUUAAUUUAUUGAUAUAUUUAUUGUGUCACUGAUAGAGCUAAAUGCACAGACUUCUCAAGUGAUUUUGCAGUGCAGAUGUGUUCUAGGGCUUGAAAGACCCUUCUCCAUUGUAGAGCAGACUAUUACCCCUUUAUACCAUUAUCUCCACCUUUCUUAUGUUAACAUUGUGCCUCAUGAAAUAAGUAUAUGACUGAAGGAUUGGAAGCAUACUGCUGGGUAAUAUGUGAUCGCCCUCAAGUGGCGCAGUCUGGCAUAGCGUCAGCUAAGAGAAAGCAAGGACUGAAUGAAACUGCAGGGUUGUGACAUGAAUGUUAAUUAUCAGUGUUGGGCAUUCACAGGUUUCAACCAAUCAAAUCUUUGCACUGCUCUGUAUGGAGGGUUUAUCGUUUGCGUUGCAUCAUAUGAUUGAUCCUGCCAGCUUAAAGGUGUAGAGCAGCUCUCUCAACUUUACUGGUAAAAUAGAACCAAAAUCUACGUGGUGUGUGUUUUAUGAAUGGAUAUAGUUUUAUAGAAGGAAUCUGUGCUUAUUUAUGGAGAGCUAUAACCAGUGUUAAACAAAGAGUGCUGUACAAACUGUGUUGACAGAGUACAUAGAAAGACAAUAAUACCUAAUUCCUUAGCUUCAUACAACAUAACUAUGUAGUUUCAUAUCAAUAGAUAAUAUAAUAAUAUAUCCUCCAUUUAUUAUAUCGCCUGGGACAAUGCCUAUAUGAGAUGAAGCAGCGAUACACUGAAAGCUUUUAAGGUUGUUAUGUAAUCUCAGCAGAUUAAUCAGCAAAUUGUGUGUUUACUUGGAGAUUGUUACUAUAUUUAAUAAAUAGGCUAGUUUUUAUAAAGGAUGUGUUGCAUAAGUGUUGGAAAUAUAUACUGUGUAGUUAAAUGAAGUUAGUAAACAGGAUUGGGACUUCAUGGUAACUUUUUUUUUUAAUUUAAAAAGUUAAUUUUAUUGAGUUAAUCCUGUCAUUAAACACACACAUCUGAGAAGUGAAAAUGCGAUUGAAGAGAACCACCACACGAGAGAUGGGAAGUGUACGCAUUCCUGGCAAAUGAGACGUGAUUAAUAAAUUUUAUCACUUAUAAGGAGUUACCACAGCAUUUGCAUCACCCGUUGAUGCCUGUCAUCGUCUUAGGUUGCCUUAUUUACUGACCUUGUCUUGUAGAGGAAAGAUUGUGUGUGUGUGUGUGUGUGUGUGUGUGUGUGUGUGUGUGUGUGUGUGUGUGUGUCUGUGUGUGUGUGUGUCUGUGUGUGUGUGCGCGUGCGUGCGUGCGUGUAUGUGUGUGUGCACGCGUGCGUGUGUGUGUGUGUUUGCUUGUGCAGAGAGCAUGGUCCAUAAAAAAGGCAACGGAGGCAGUAAUAUGAUGGAUUGUGUUGUGACA